AUGCCCGAUCCGGUUCCACCAUCCCCCGAUCUGGUUGGGAAAACGGUCAUUAUCACCGGUGGCAACACCGGGCUUGGGUUCGAGGUUGCCCGCCAAACACUGCUCUUGCAAGCCGCGCGGGUCAUCAUCACCGCCCGCUCGCAAGCGAAAGGCGCAGACGCCGUCGCCGCAUUACGGGCGGAUGCAGAUAUCCAAAGCGCGAACCCGGCGGCCCAGAUCGAGUUCUUCGACCUAGAUCUGGACGACUACCAGUCUGGCCUGCGCUUCUGCCAGCAAGUCAAGAAGCAAGUCCCGGAGCUGGAUCUCCUGCUGUGCAAUGGCGGCACCACCACCUUUAAUUAUGAGAUGAGCAAGAGCGGCCAUGAGCGGGUGAUGCAAGUCAACUGUUACACGCACUUCUUCAUCGUCCUCGAACUCCUGGGUCUGCUCCGAGCCACCGCCGCCAAACGGGGCUCUCCCACGCGAGUGACCUUCCUAGGCUCUUACAGCCACGACAUUCAUGAUCUCGAGCGCACUCCGAUCCCACCGGGCUGCAAGGUCCUAGACUAUUUCGAUAGCAACACACUCACCCGUGGUGUGCGGCGGUACCCGAACAGCAAGCUGACCAUCAUCGCGUUCGUGCAGCGGCUCGCCAGGCAGCAACCUGCGUCCGAGGUCAUUGUGAACAGCGUCUGCCCCGGGGUAGUGAGCACGAGGAUCAUGUCGCGUCUACCGCUGUGGAUGCAGCCGCUUAUCUAUGUCUACUUCAAGUUCAAGGCUGUGCCGAUGCGGGUGGGUGGUCAGCGCAUUGUCCACGCGGCGGCGGUAGUCGGUGCCGAGAGCCAUGGGCAAUUCCUGUCGAUGGGUGGCGAGAUGGAAGGAUAUGCGCCAUUCCUGGAUAAGGACACGGGUCAAGCGUUCAAGGACAAAUUGUGGACGGAGAUGCUGGCCGAUGGCAGGCUGGUGGAUCCGGCGAUGGAAGUGUUUGAGCGCCCGCCGGAAGCUCCAGGAAUUGUGGUAUAG